AUGUCCGAUUUGAUUCAAGGUGCUCCUGCAAUCAAGGCUUAUAUCCGAGUGACCGAUCUGGUUCCCAACAUUGACUUCACGAACUCCGUCAGCGAAGAUGACUUAGCCGCUGCUCUUCCUGCUCGAGAUGCCGCGACUCUCUUCUCCUCGCCGAUUUGUUCUAGGGCCGUUUUCAACAGGCUGAGUAUGAAUCGAGGAAUCUCCAAUUACAAGAUCGAUCCAGCUUUCUUCGGCAGCUACCCAGAGCUGUAUGAUCAUAGUGUCGACGUUGCGGCUAAAGGCAUUCCUUUGCGACCGGAUGUACAGCUUCGGUUGACGUACCCCAAGCCUCUUGAUUCUCCAACGUACCAUACUUAUCGCAACUUCAUUGACUUCUCUUAUGAUGCACCUAUGUGUGCCGACUUGCUUGCUUGUUGA